UUUUUAAAAAAAUAUGAAAAACAUGCAUAAAGGAAGGCAGAAGGAAAGCAGCAAAAGAUGAAGGCGUUCUGGAUUAUAUUCUGCCUUACAAAUUUUCAAACAAGCCACGCUGGCAUAGGACCGCCAGAGGAUGCUUCUAAAACAUUAUUUUAUAAAAGGACCAGUUUGACGUCAUUGGGCAUUUGGUGGAGUGAUAAACCAAUCAACGGAAAUAGCUUUAUCACAUAUGACACCGUGAAAAUAUUUUAUCAAAACGUACUAGAUAACAAUGAUGUGGGAAAUAUAAUUGACGUGCCACGCGUUGAUCAUGGUUUUUUGAUAAGUAAUCUCAACCCAAGCGGAGUAUACUACGUUGAAGCGUCAUAUGCGGGUGGCGCAGAACCAUCUCCAACCAAAUGCUUUCCUGUAUAUGUGUUUAUGGAAGACAUGGGAGGUAGACCUGCGGGAGUAUAUGACAUGCUUAUAAAAGCAACACCUGAACAAAGCUGGAAACAUAAUGGAGACUCUUUUAAAUUAUUAAGAGGAGAUUCAGCUUUCCUCAAAGGUAUGUAUUCUGGAUUUGAUGGUGACGGGCUGAUAUCGCCACAUGCAUUUCAAAACAAAUACAGCAACUACAUAGUAGCGAUGAGACAAAAUCCAACAUAUGACCUGAAUUGGCUUAGUCUUCAACUGGAAUUAAAAUCUCUAAAGGAUCACUUCGCGGAGUCGACUUCGCUAUACUGGGGGGACACUGACAACGUACUGGCUUUGUACGGUGAAAAUCGACCCCAAGCAGUUGAUUACUGGUGGCUUAAAAUUGGUUUUAAUCAGGGAUACUUUUCUCAUAAGAUAGAGUUUGGAGUUUUAAUGCAAGCUUAUUGUUCUAUGGAUUGCAAAGUUUACGCAUUUGGAAUUGGGUUAAGUUACCCCCCUUACGUUGGUCUGUAUGAACCUAUUCUUAAUGCUCGGAUAUCAUUUUAUGGCUAUAUCUUAGGACAACGGUCAGAAAUGUUUAUCACAGAUACACUUAGUUCAUGUAUCACCCCUACAUGUGGUUAUGGCACAAAAGUUUACGAUCAUGUAUGUGAUGUCCCAGAGCAACCCUGGAAGGAUGUUUUUUGUCCAAGAAAGAAAAACGACACCUGUAUACAAAAAGAAUGUCCAUUUGGCAUUCCAGAAAAUCUUCGUGUGGAAGUAGUUGAUCGUUAUUACAUUAAGGUCAAAUGGGACAGUUUUGAUCGGUCAUCAUUACAGAAAAAGGAUGAUUUUCAAUACAAAUUAAUGGCAAGACAUGAAGGAAACACUAUACACACAAGUUUAAUUUCUCAUUCAGAACAUUCCUACAUUUUCAGUGAUUUGUCAAGCUUUACUGAAUAUUCUAUUCAUAUAUCUGGAUACUCACUAUUGGGUAAUGUCCAAGGCAACUACAGUGAGCCUGUAAACCAAACAACAAAACAAGAUGUACCAAAUGGAAUAGCUACUAUUACUUCCAUGGAAGCAAUAAACUCUACUUGCAUGUUGCUGCAAUGGCAGCAUAUACCAGAAAAAAAUGUGAGGGGAAUUCUUCGUGGUUAUCAAAUUAAAUACCACGAUGACGACUUCAAUGUCUCAAAAAUAGUUGAAACAGGACCUGUCACUGAAUACCUAAUUUGUGGAUUACUGCCUUUUAAACAAUACGAGGUUCACUUAUGGGCGAGGAAUGAUGAUUAUUUAGCUGAUUUAUAUGCAUCAGCAUCAAAUAUGACCGACGAAGAUGUUCCUCUAAAGUUCGGAAAAAAUGUUUGGGGAGAAGAUACUGGUUCGUACUCUAUCAAAGUUGAAUGGGAAGGGUUGACAAAUGUAAGAGAAUGGCUUGGUCAUCCAUAUCAAUACCAUGUGUACUAUCGUCGUUUUGGAAAGUCGGAAUUUACGGAGCAAAUAGUUGUUAAUGCAAGCACUUUUAAAGUUGAAAUUGAUGGUUUGGAAGGUUACAGUGAGUAUGAAGUAGCUGUUGCAGCGGCAACAACAGUUGGUGUUGGAGCAUACAGUGAUAUUGAAAUAAUAAAGACUGGAGAAGCUCCACCGACUGGUCCACCUCAAAAUGUUACUGGUGCGUACAAUAACUCUCGAAGCAUUUAUGUUAAUUGGACAGAACUUAUGGAGGAAGAUACUCGAGGAAUAAUUACGAAAUAUCUUAUCAUUUGUACAACGAUAAGUUCAGUUGAAAUGGGAAAACAGAACAUUUCAAGUAGCGAAAGGUUGACCACUGUGUUUGGAGGUUUGCAAAUAUAUAGACCAUAUUUAGUUACAGUUGCCGCCUACACUGCUGCCGGACUCGGACCUUUUAGUGAUCCACUAACUGUGUGGACCGACGCAGAAGCACCAUUUAGAGGACCUUAUAAUCUUACGGGUUACAACACAAGUUCGACAUCGAUCUACAUUGAAUGGAAUGACAUACACAAGAGAGAAUGGGCUGGUGUUAUUGGAAAUUUUCAAUUGACUAUACAAUCUGUUGACGACCCAAAUGACAAAAAUAUAACAAAUAUAACACGUAAAGGAAAUGAAAAAAUGUUUAUUUUCGAAGCGAAAGACCUAAAAUAUUUCACAACCUAUCAGAUUAAAGUUUCUUGUUUCAACGUUAAAGGCGUGUCUCCUUUUUCAAAUAUUACAGUGACAACAGAGGAAUCAUGGUCUGUUAUUUUUCCUCCAAGCAUCCAUGCAGUGGCAACAGGAAGCAAUAAUGUAAGCAUUUCAUGGGAGCUCCCUGAUAAAACAAAAAUUCCUGGCAUUGUAAGAGGUUACACAGUGAGAUUGCAACCAAUAUAUACAGCUGAGGAUUUGACAAUUGGAACAUACUCAACGCGACAACGAAGAGAUGCACCAACCGAACUAUGUGCAGAGGGACAGUACUGUGAGGGCUUACCAAUGGAGAUGAAUAACAUGACUAUCUCCGGUGCUGGUACCGUAAGUUUUAACACCAGUGGACUACGAGGAAAUACGUUUUAUAAUAUCAGCAUUUCCGUUGAUACAAAAUUCGUUGGUUUAACUAGCUCACCUGUUCAAUUCUUAACGCCUGAAGGAACACCAACCAUGUCAGCAUACAAUUUUACCUGUGAAGCAGUGAGUUACAAUGCCCUUCUACUGCAAUGGAAACACUCUCCUCCUGCUUAUUUGGAAGGUAUUCGAACAAAAUAUAUGAUUUAUUACCAACUUGGCAAUAAAAUAGUCAAUGAAACUGAUGAACCAUAUAAAAGAAGAAUGGAGUUAUUCUUCUUGAAAGCAAACACACAAUACACGGUUUGGAUGACAGCUUUUACCAGUGUGGGGGAAGGAAAGCCGACUGAAAAGUUGAACUGUUCAACAUAUGAAACUGAACCAACAGCGGCUCCCCUACAAGUACGUGCAUCUAGUUUCCAUUAUCCAUAUGCAAGCUUAAUUCAAUGGGAACAUAUACCAGAUGAUCAAUGGCAAGGAUCUAAGCAAGGCUAUACUAUCUUCUAUGAGAAGUUAUCUACUGGUGAAAUCGAUGUUGAUGAUGGAUGGAUAAAAGCUACAAGAGUCGAUGUUCCUUUAACAACCUCUUAUGUGCUUACAGGUUUAGAAUCGUAUAGUGUUUACAGUGUUCGUAUAGCUGCAAGAAGUAAUGCAGGUGUUGGUUUUAAGAGCGAGUCAGUACGUUUUGAAACAUGUCAUGUUCCACAAGCAAAGUUAAUACUCAAUUACAUGGUAUAUCCACCUUAUGUUGAUUAUCCAAAAGGUAACAAUUUGCGUCCAGAAGGUAUUGUAAUGGAUUUAACUAAACAAAUGCUGCUGACAUGUGCUCACAAUUGCACUUCAUUCAAUCAAAGUGUUUACAUCUCUUACAAUCGCGUUGAUUUGGACUCGUUCAGUGAUAUAAAGAAUUUUACGGUAAAUCGCACUGCAUUGCAAGUCCCGAGGUUGGAUACUGGAAAAUUUACACCUGAAUAUUCUCUUAUUGCCACUACAACAAGUCCAGGAUUUAUCAUUCUGGAAGUUCCUGACAGCCCUGCGCAAGCUGCUACAAAAGUGGAGGAUGGAUUACUUAGUGGUAUAUUUGGAACUUUGCCUAUAUGUGCAUUUUACUUUAUGCUAAACUGGCUUUUUGGUGCAAUAUUUUGGUUUUGUGAACCAACAAAAGUUGAACACAAAGGUCGUGGAAUAUCAUUGGCUGGUAUAUUUGAAGGUUUAUACUUGGCUAUUAUGACCAGCACUACUGUUGGAUACGGUGACAAGAUACCUGAAACAACGUCAGGGCGGAUAUAUAUAGUGUUUUGGACACUUCUUGGUUUGGUGUUAACUGGAAUUGUUACCGGUACUCUUUCGUCAGCUUUGUCUGUGGCUGCUAUGAAUUCAAUGAAACAAAAACUUCCAGAUGACAAGGUGUUAGCAUUGUAUGGCUCUGCAGAGUACACAUAUGGAAAGAAAAAUAUAAAAAAGUUUGAUAAAAACAAAACAUAUUACUCAUACGAAGAAGUUUUUGGACCAUUGAAAAACAAAAGUGUAAAAUAUGCAUUGCUUGAUCGAUAUGUUGCUGAGGUAUUAAAAAGCAACAUCUCUGAUUACGGGUUGGGUGUCAACAAAGCUUUUAAUGUACCGUCUGAUUUUGGUGUAGCUGCAUUUGGUGAGAUGGAGAAGUUAAAAGUUUGUGGGACAAAAUUUGCAAAAGCAAAUACGGAUAUAACGUCUAAGGCCAUUUCAAAUCUUUUAAAGGAGUUGGCGCAGGCAAGAGCAAAAGCAGCUAAUGGUAAAAAUUCCUCCACUUCUACGAGUCUUCCAUCUACGGAAGAAAAUGUUGACUUAAUAAGUUUUCAGGCGCCGCUGUACCAAAAUACACUUAAAAUAGUUUUAAUUAUGUGGGCGGUAUUUAUUAUGCUUGGUAUAAUAUAUGAGGGAUUCAGAAAAAGACGAGCAAACAUUGAAAAGAACAAAAUUCAUACAGAAAGAGAACGAAAUCUGUUAUGGCAUACUGAUUUGAGAAUCAUGGCAUUGCAGACUGCAAAGGAAUUCGAGGAAAUGAUGUGUCGAGUUGAGGACAAAAUUGAAAAGCUAAAUUACAAACAUGGGAAAGAGUUGCUGGAGAUACGAACAAAAAUGUCGAAAAAGUUUGGCGUCAAUUUUAAGUAUGUAAAACCAAGUGAGCUGGGUGUGUCGUUGGAAAAAAUUCUGGAAUACAAAGAGGAUCUCAAAAAUAAACCGAAAGAACCAUUCUCUGUCAAGUUUCGAAGACUUCGAGUGGGCAUCGCAAGUUUCUUCGUGAAAUUCUUUAGAUUUUUAAUGUGCAAAUAAAAACUGCAUGGAUCAAACAAUCCACAAGUUGAUUAAAAACUGCAUUUGCACACACCCUAUUUCCACUAAAAAAAUGCAGCAACGAAAGAAAGGUUUCACUAGCACUAAUGCAUUGUUAAUAAAAAGCGUCCUAAAAAACAAAGUGUUAAAAUACGGUGUUUUCUAAGCGUGUAUAAAGAAGAACGAAAAUUAAGCGGAUGCAGAAAGCAAGAAAAACACAGACGAUGAAA